AUGUCAAAAAAUCGUGCCAAAGAUGACGAUUUAAAAACCGGCAUUAAUGGUUUGAGCAAGAAACAACGCAAGGCCCGCACUGCUUUCACCGAUAAUCAACUCCAAACCCUCGAAAAAAGCUUCGAACGUCAAAAAUACUUGAGCGUGCAAGACAGAAUGGAGCUGGCCAACAAGUUAAAUCUCAGUGACACGCAAGUGAAGACCUGGUACCAAAAUCGACGCACCAAAUGGAAACGCCAAACCGCCGUUGGUCUCGAACUUCUUGCCGAAGCUGGCAACUACGCAGCCUUCCAACGUCUCUAUGGCAACCCGGCGUAUCUCACUGGCUGGCCAUACGGAAAUCCCGCCUCAGCAGCAACUUCUUCCGCUUCUGGUCCUUCAGCUGUUGACAUUUAUUACAGACAAGCAGCUGCUGCGGUCGCCCUCCAAAAACCUCUUCCAUAUAGACUUUAUCCGAGUAUGCCGGGACUUUUGCCAACGCAAGCAGCUCACAUGUCGGCAUCUAAUUCGCUGUCGUCACUUAGUAGCUUGUAUCAACAACAUGGCGCCACGAUGGAUGGAAGACGCAGCGAAAGUCCCGACGUGAAUCCCGGAAGUCCUGAAAUGAAGAGAAAAUGUAGUGAAUCGCCGCCGCCUGUUAGGGAAAAGGACGAGCGAAAAGGUAAAGAGAGCGAUGAUGAAAAUGAGAUUCACGUUUAA